UAGUCGAUGACUAUUCUAAUGGACUGUCAUUUGUUUGUUAAGUCGGUUACGCAUUCUAUGGCGGAGAAGGAGUUCUGGCGUUUAGUGUCAGCCUUAGAAGAGUCGGUGACCGUUGAAUACGGAGCAGAUCUGCAUACAAAUGAUUACGGAAGUGGUUUUCCCACCAAAUUGACUAAAAAUCUCAUGCCUUCAGAUAUGGAAUAUAUAAACCAUUUGUGGAAUCUAAACAACAUCCCAGUUCUUGAGGGCAGUGUGUUUCGUCACAUAAAUGCCAACAUAAGUGGUAUGAUAGUGCCCUGGAUGUAUGUGGGCAUGUGUUUCGCCACUUUCUGUUGGCAUAAUGAGGACCACUGGACCUAUUCUAUAAAUUACCUGCAUUGGGGAGAACCCAAGACCUGGUAUGGCGUUCCCGGAGAACACGCCGAGACCUUUGAAAGGGCGAUGAGAAGAGUGGCCCCCGAGCUCUUCAAAUCACAGCCCGAUUUACUGCACCAAUUGGUCACUAUUUGUAACCCAAAUAUUCUAAUGCAAGACGGAGUUCCGGUCUAUCGGUGUAACCAAAACGCGGGUGAGUUUGUGGUGACAUUUCCGCGUUCAUAUCACACGGGUUUCAAUCAGGGCCUCAACUUUGCCGAAGCGGUCAACUUUGCGCCGUCUGAUUGGCUGCCUAUCGGACGCGUUUGUAUCACUCAUUACGCAAUGCUUCACAGAUUCCCAGUUUUCAGUCACGACGAGUUGAUCUGCAAAAUGGCUAACGAUCCCAACCAUCUCGAGAUCACUCUCGCUGUCGAGACCUAUAAGGAUAUGCUUCGUAUGGUUGAGAGUGAGAAGUCGUCUCGUCUUUCACUGCUUGAGUGGGGAGUAACUCAAGCGGAAAGGGAGGCGUUUGAGUUGCUUCAGGACGACGAGCGUCAAUGCGAUUACUGCAAGACUACAUGCUUUCUAUCGGCACUCACUUGCAAUUGUGAUCAAUCCAAAUUGGUUUGUCUCAGUCAUAAAGACAACUUGUGUCAGACAUGUCUGCCCUCACAACACACCCUACGCUACAGAUAUACUUUGGAUGAGUUGCCGAUUAUGUUACACCACUUGAGGAAAAGGGCUGAAAAGUUCGACGACUGGGCCUCUAAAGUGCAGACACUUCUUAAGAAAAUGGAUACAAAUUGUAAUAACAAUGAAUCGGAGGAAACGAGAGUUCCGUCGCUGAAGGAACUGAAAGCUCUGUUGAACGACGCGGUGGUCAACAAAUAUCCGACAAAUUCUGAAAUCUACGAACACUUGAACACAAUAGUGACCGAAGCGUCCAAAUGCUCGCGAGCGGCAAAGGAUCUGCUCAGACAACAGGAGACACUUCGCAAACAACAACUCACUGCCGGACCCCAGCAAACGCUUUCCCCCGUCAAGCGCACCCUCAGGUCCACAGCGGGCCGUAACGCCAACUCUGGACUACGAGAUAACCUCAACAUUAGACUAACGUUAGAAGAGAUCAGUCUUUUCUAUGAAGAGAUCGCAGAACUCGAAUGCGAUAUUCCUGAGAAGUAUUCACUGAAGCAACUCAUCGAAAGGUGUAAUUCUAUCGCGUCCUCUAUUAUGAGUGUUUUGGACACCAAUAACGCCAAAGAAGUGAAUGAAUCACUGAAAUCGAGUGACUUGGAAGCCGUACUAUUGGACGCCCAAUCCAUAGUUGUGGUGGACUUCGGGCCACAACUGGAAUCCUUUCGACACAAACUCGAAGAGAUUCGUUGGUUAGAAGAAUGCGAUCUCAUUCUCACUGAAGACGUUAAACCCGAAAACCAGAAGAGAUAUGAAUUGACAAACAUUAAGGCAUUGAUUGAAAAUGGCAUGAAAUUAGCCGUCAAUACAGAGAAUAUAAACUCAAAACUCAAUGAAUUGCAGCAAAUGGUCGACGAAUCGAAUAAAUGGAUUGAAAGAGCGACCAAUUGUUUCAAUGUUAAGACUGAGGGACAGAACGAGUCGGACGUGAAUGCGAGCAAACCGUCCCUCGAUUUCCUCGAAUCCCUUAUAACCGAAACGGAAAGCAAUUCAAGUCUCAGACGACUCGUACUUUCGCCACAAAUCGACAAAAUCCGUGAAAGUGUGGGUUCGGCUCGCAAUUGGAUGAGUCGAGUGAAUGUGUUGUUCGGCAAUGAGAGCCAAAAGAAUAACAUAAAAGUGUCGUUAAGUAACGCCAACUCAGGCGCUGCGCCUAUGAUUGAAGCGGUCGAGGAGUUGGUGGUGUCGGCCAACGGCAUUGACUGCCAAUUAACGCAUUUAGCAAAUCUGAACUCUACUAUCAAUGCCGCCCGCAAUUGGAGGGAUCGACUGAACCGCACGUUCACUAAGAAGAGCCCAUUGUAUUCAAUCAUUCAAAUACUUAGCCCUCGAAUCGCAUCAAUGGGUCAGUCGUCUGAGAGUUCAUUCUCUUCGCGAACAUUAUAUCACUAUUUGAAGCGAAUGUCAUCACAAACACAGCCCAAAGAGCGUAAGAAUAGCGCGACGAAUGGCAAAACUGGCGGUAAAAGUAUAUUUGAGACCCAAUUGAAUGGAGAGUACAGCCGAACACAUAUCGUAGCGCUCUAUAAGCUGUUUGAAGAGCAAGAACUCAAUCACUUACGACUGACUCGCAAACGAAACGCAUCCAAACGACUCUAUUUGGAGCGAAAGGCCUCUGAUUUGGUGACCGACUCUUCGCAGACACCGUCACCAGAAGACGACUCGAAGAGCCCAUCGUUUAGAUUCUGUGUUUGUGGUAAAGAAGAGGACGAAUGGAUGAUUGAGUGCCAGUUGUGUAACGACUGGUUCCACAACACAUGCAUUCAGAACUUGCAAUCUUUUUUGACCCCUUAUGAGUGAUCAAGUAUUCAACGAUUAUUGCAAACAUAGCAUAACU